CUCCACAUUUUAUAUAAUGUCAUUAUUCUUUCCUUCAAUUUGUUCAGAUUCAUUAUUUUUCAUGUUCAGAUUCAUCAAAUUUUCAAUUAUCAAAGCUUCUCUAAUUGCAUUUUCAACACUUUUCUCGAUUUUAACUUCGUUAUAUUCUUUUAUAACUUUUGAAGCUAUUUCUAUUGUAUUUAUUUUGCAGAAUUUACAUACUUUAUCAACAUAUCUUUGCUGA